CAUCUGCAUCUGCUUUUAAUCAUGACACCAUCUACCUCAACAAGCAACACUUUUAUUUUGCUGUUUUAUCUGAUUUUUACAAUUCUACACGUCAAGGUUAUUGGUUAUAACGGAUGUUACAAGACAUCCAAACAGGGAAUCUCGAGAUGUCAACGCUGUACUCAAGAGUGUUCUGAGAAUAGAAAUGAGAUGGAAGUUACUCCAUGCACUCAGGACAACAAUAGAUCAUGCUUCUGUAAACCAGGUUUUUACUGUACAAAAGGAAACGAUUAUGUCACACACUGCCAUAAACCAUGUGUUCCCUGUGGGAAGGGUACAUUCUCCAGCACACCCUCUCUGGGAGCCUGCAAGCCUCAUAAAAAUUGUGGUAAGUUGGGGAUGAUGACACACCAAGAGGGCACAACGAAACAGGACAGACAGUGUGUGAAUGUCACCACAGUGAUGCCAUCCUUGUCCACUACCACAAAUAUCAUUACUACAUUCCCUAUCACUAACACUUCCAUCCCCUGGACAGGUACUGAUAAACGCAUGACACUCUAUUCACUGUUGGGAUGUGUUGAAUAUACAUUUUUGGAAAGCAAUGUAUAA